AAUAAAUAAAUCCAAAUGCACAUCUUUAAGGGGCAGAUAGUACGUCUCCAUGGACCCUCGACUUAGUCAGUGUCAAGCGGUCAGGCAAUCAAGUUGAGCUCUCUCACUAUAUCUUCGCUAUCGUCUUGGCUGCAGCCUAAUUCAAUUAAAAUUAAAACGCAGAUCUACGCGACCGAGUGAAAUUGCCCCAAAUUCUCGACAAUUAUAGGCCACACUCGUCAGUAAUCUCGCAUCUGCGUAGGCAGCAAUAUCUGAAUCUCGGUCAUGCAAGCGGACGCAUCUCCAUUGGGAGCUGCUGCCACGGAAUCCCUGCCAAUGCACCGAUCCACUUCCAUGCCAGUGAAACCCAAGCCGCUGGAGCAAAAGCCAUUGCUUCGAUCCUCCGAAAAGGAGACGGUGAAUGCUACGGAUUACUAUCCGGAAAGUCCAGGUUUCGUACGUCGCAGAAAGUCCAAAACUGCCGCGGAUCAGCUGGAAACACGAAGCGAACAAAAUUUCCCUUAUACACACGACUGGGCCGGCAGCACAAUAGAGCUUACGCCAGAUGUGGGUUCGGGACCGGGAACAUCAUCAUCGGAUGGAUUGAGACGAGGCCUGCAUCGCGUUAUGGAAAAGAAUGGCAAGGAGAACGUUGUAUUCCGUCGAAUCCCAGAGAAGUCCUGGCGCUAUAUGAGGGAUCUGGUAACUACACUGAUGGAACUAGAGUGGAAAUAUAUGCUGACUUUGUUCCUGGGAAGUUACUUCCUCAGCUGGCUGCUCUUCGCCGCCCUGUGCUAUGUGGUUUCAUAUUCCCACGGGGACUUCAUCUUUGACCCUGUGAGUGGAAAACGAAUGGGCGAGGGCGAGGAUCCCUGCAUUUAUGGGGUAACAAACUGGGUGGCUAUGCUCAUAUACUCAGUAGAGACACAGACGACUCUUGGAUUUGGUGAAAAGUACGCCAGCGAGGAGUGCCCGGAGACCAUCUUUCUGUUCGUAAUGCAAAUGAUGAGUGCAGCCCUAAUUGAGGGCUGUAUGGUGAGUGUAAUCUAUGCCAAGACAGCCCGACCUGCCAGGCAGCUGACCAAGUUGAAGUUCAGCGAUAAGGCGGUGAUCUGUUAUCGUGACGGGCGCCUAUGUUUACUCUUCCGUGUGUGUGAUCCCCGCGAGCAGCAGUCCAUUGAAUCAAAAAUACGGGUCUAUAUUAUCGUGGACAAACGCACGCGCGAAGGUGAGGUUAUAAAAACUCAUUUGGAACUGAAACUGGAGGGAAAUGGGGAGCAAAUUAUUCUCUGGCCCGAUUUAGUCUGUCAUUAUAUUGAUGAGACGAGCCCACUUUUCCAGUUUACCAACGCGAAACUCUUCAAUGCAGCCCAAUUCGAACUCUAUGUGUCCAUCGUUGGCACAUCGCCGGCUACUGCCCAAAUUACGGAGACCAAGACUUCUUAUCUUCCGAGAGAGAUUUUCUGGGGCCAACGGUUUGUUAACAUUUUAUUUUAUGAUGACCAGAACGAACGCUACUUCGUCGACUACGAGAACUUCAAUACGACCAUUUCAGUGGACAUGCCCAUGGUGCUGCCAGCAAAUGAUCACUUGAAACUGGAGUACAGAAAGUAAAAGUGUAUAAAAGUAUAAUAUAUUACAAAAAAAAAUUAACUAUCGCUAUAAACAUUUGAUAACAUUAUAAUAAAGUUUUGUAGAAAACAAA